AUGGCGGAUAUCAAACUUCUCCUGACCGGAGCCACAGGUUACAUUGGUGGAUCUAUAUUAACCCAGCUGCUGCAGUCUGAGCUUCCCAUUAUCAAGCGCAUCAAAGUCACUGCCGUCGUGAGACAAGAGAGUCAAGCUGCUUUACUCCGUGAGCAUGGCGUCAAUGCCAUCGUUUUUAGCGGCCUCGAAGAUACCGAGCUGCUCCAACAAUUGGCUAGCGAGCAUGACAUGGUGAUAAACACCGCGUCAACCUUCCACCCAGCUUCGGCUAAAGCCAUGAUUCUAGGUCUUGCUGCACGCAAGAAGCAGACCACGCAAGCUGUGCACUUCAUCCACACCUCUGGCACAGGUAGCAUCGCGGAUCUCCCGUUGUCAUCUACGUACCUUGAUAAUCGCAAACACUCCGACAAGGAUGACACAUAUUCGUACCUGAAGAAGCGGGAGGAGGAGGGGCCUUUCCCUCAACGGAGCACAGAUAUGUUGGUCGUUGACACCGGUCUCCAGGCGGAUGUCAAGACUUACACCCUGAUGUCCCCGACCAUCUUUGGUGUAGGCACUGGUCACUUCAACAAGCUGUCCAUCCAAGUCCCAUUCUUCAUGCGCGCGGCAGUCGAAGCCAAACACGCGCAAGUUAUUGGCGAGGGCGCCUCCAUCUGGAGCGAUAUCCACAUCGAUAAUUUGUCGGACUUCUAUGAAUUCCUUAUCUCGAAGAUCUUAAGUGAUGAAGAUGUUCCCCACGGAAAGAAGGGUAUCUACUUUACCGAGACAGGCGAGCACACCUGGAUGGAAGUAUCCAAGGCCGUCGCGAAGGCUGGCCUCAAGCUAGGCGCCUUGCCAACUGAAGAGGUCGAGAAGUUGUCACUUGAACAGGCUGCUGAGAAAUGGGUUGGGGGUAACUUGAUGUUCACCGAGUUGGGAUUCGCUUCAAACUCGAGGUCACAGGCCGAUCUGGCUAAGGAACUUGGUUGGACUCCCAAGGUUGGUCUCUUGAAUCUGGAACAUGCUUGUCUGGAGGAGUUCAGGGCCGUGAUGAGCGAAACCCAAAAAGAUGAUAAGUUGCUUACCAAGGCCAACGUCGCUAAGAAGGUGAGCGAGGGCAAAUCUGACUAA